AUGUCUUCCGAUACUUCAUCAUCCACUCAAGAACAUCAUCAACAACAACAGCCAAAAAGUGGUGUUGAUUUCCUGAGAAAUUUACGUACCUAUACAACACAACAACAAGCCCUUCCAGCAGAAUAUCACUUUGACCAAAACACUCCUCCUCCAGAAUAUUUAGAACUUGAUGAACAAGACAACAAUAGAAUUUUGGAAAAGUCUAUGAAUCUUGUCGGUAGAGUAUAUAUAGGAUGUUUGGGAUUGGGUGCAGUACAAGGAGCUUAUCAUGGUCUUAGAUUUGGUCAAGGAGGUUCUUUAAAAGUUCGUUUUAAUGCCGUUCUUAACCAUUCAUUGGCAAGAAGUUUAAAACUUGCCAAUAGUGUUGCUGCUGCCAUGCUUUUUUAUAACUUUGUUGAUAUCGGAAUGAAUUAUUUGGGUAAAGUACCAGAAAAUGAUGAAGAUAAGAAGAAUCGUGAAGAGAAGGAAGCACAAGAUAAUAUUUCAAAUCUUUCUACUUUUAAUUUUAAUGAAAACGGAGAACUUGCUAAUGAAGAGGAAGGUGUUGAAGUUUAUGAUGAAAUGAAAAAUCCACCAAUUAAUGCCUUGUUUGCUGGUAUGUUAGCAGGUAUGCUCUAUAGAACACCUUCUCCUUUCAAAAAGAUUGUUAGAAGUGGUUUUAUUGGUGCUUCUAUUGCUGUUGCACACUCAAUACAUGUUGGUCGUUUUGAUCCAUUCACACCUUUGGAAAAUAGUACUUGGAUGAGAGAUUGGGUAAUGCCAAUAUAUGACCGAGUUGCUCCAGAAAGAUUUACCACUUUAUUUAGAGAAAUUAAGAGUCCUAAUGGAACUAAUUUGUACCCUAAGAUUGAAACACUGAUAUCCUCUUUUAACAAAUUCUCUGAAAGAGCUACCCCAACUUUGGAUUUGACUUCAACAACAACAACAGAACAAGUCAAUGAAAAUCAAGAAAAAUAA